GAGGUCCAUCUCAUCGGGCAUUACAGCGCGCGACGAGCGGGUCUGACGCGAAUUGGGCCGAAAGUUGCGGGGGAGAUUACAGCGAACUCGGGACAUCCGACGGCAUUUGCAACUUGUGUUCUACUUUAAUGUGAUCAUUUGUGAGAUGAGGACGACGAGGGUAAACGAAACUCAGCUAUUCUUUAUUUCCUGGGUAUUGACGCGGACUGCUGGCUUUUGUCUGUGAAACACUGCAACCAGAAGAAUACCUAGCCCUGUAAGACCAUCAGCACAAAGCCAGCCAGCCGGUCAUCCCCAUCAUGGCAGCUCAGUUACCCGCCGUCAUUACGCCGGCCUUGCUGGCCUCCAUCAGGAAACAACCGCACUUGCCGCGCAACACGUGGUACUUCGUGGCGGCCACAACGUUGGCGGUGCUGAACCGUCCUGAUGAGAUACCGACGGUAUACAAGCACGUGUUGACCCAUGGGGUCGACCACGGCACAGAAGGCGCACCCUCGCCCGAGGAACAACUGACCAUAUCUCGCCGUAUGCGGGAAGCCCUCGUGAAAACCGCAGCAAUAGGAGGUUUGCCCAAGACCAUCAACGCCCUUCUCGAACUCAAGAAGCACACUCCGGAACAGUUGGUAGACGAGCCGUUGGCCUUCUCGCCAACUUCGCGGCCCCUCGAGAUGUACGACGUGCCGUCGUCGCAGAUCUUGCAUCGCGGCCAGCGCUUCUUUGACAUGAUCUAUGGUAAGGUCUCGAAGCGCGUCAUGGGCCAGAUGGAUCGGUCAGGCACCGAGGAUCUAGGUCUGACGGCAAGGCUCGUGUAUGGCUACUUGCUGAGCAACACUGCUGUCUUGACGCCGGCCGAGACCUCGUUUGUCCUGAUUGCUGGGCUCAUCCCACAGGAUGUCAACCCGCAGCUCAAGGGUCACCUUAAGGGAGCUCUGAACGGCGGCGCAACAGUGGACGAGGUCAAGGCUGUGCGGAACAUCGCUAUGGCGAUCUGUGAAUCAGCCGGCAUGCGGAUGCUGGACAAGUGCGCUACGGGCGGCUGGGGCUGGCGCACCGAGCCGGCGAACCUAUAACCGCUCUGGUGAACCAAAGUUGCGUGAACUGCGGUCGGGUCACCUGCGGCCCAUCCAGGGACGGCUCAGCCGAGGCACGGUUGUGGGAGGGGGGAGUGGAAAGCGGAAAAUGCAAUAUCGCCUGUGGUUCCCUGAAUAGGACAAGCACGCAAACCUUCCCCCGCCUCUCCCCUCUCGUUUCCAGGAGACAUGUGAGGGCGAUCAGUGAAACCUACAGACGAAACUGGCUACAUUGGCCCUUGGCGGCCGUGAUCAAAUCUGCGAGUAUAUGCAGGUAUUGAUUCGUGCCUUGGCUGAAGCUAAAGUUUAUGACUUUUCCCCCUGGCAGAUAAUGGAUCACGGCUGGGAUAACAAGGGAUAUAUCAUGAUCUUCAUAUAACAUAGAUGAUCAAGGGGCUUGAUAGAGUAUCUCAAAUGUGUCUAACCAA